CAAUGGCACAAAAUAUUGCAUGGGCCACUGAUGCAAAUGUAUUAGCUGCAAUGUUGGAUGCGAAUCUGUCAGUAUGGCUAUGUCCUAAUUGUGUUCAUUAUAGUGAUCGCAAAGUAAUACGACGAACAAGAAUUGAUAAAGAAAACAGUGAAUUUGGAAAACAGCCUAACAUUGUGAGUGUCCGUAAUGGCAUGGUCAUGGUGAGACGUGGAGAUGGUGCUAUAGUAGCUUCAUCUUUUUACAAUCUCUUUACAAGUUUUCACGAACACAUAUCGAACAAGAAGUUAAAAGAAGCACUUUCUCUCUGUCGUAUGGCUCAGGUCUAA